GGAACGCUUCUCAUGGCAUUUACUGGAGUGCUAGCAGUGGGCGAUACGACACAAUGGCUUUUCAACCAAGUGGAAGGCUACGCAGUUUUGUACGCGGGAGUUUUUGCGUCGGCAAUCAACUACGUGCUUCUAACUUGGUCCAACGGUGUUGUUGGCCCGUCGCUCGUCGCGCUUUACAUGCCUUUGCAGCCACUUGCCUCCUCUACGCUGGCUUGCGUUUUCUUACGAAGUCCCUUGUUCCUGGGCAGUGUUCUUGGAGGAUUACUCAUUGUUGCGGGAUUACUCCUCGUAACUUGGGGGAAGGCCGUGAGUGAACGCGAGCGGGAGCGUGAAGCCAGAAACCCCUUCUAGAAAGUGAAGCGUAAGUGGAUCAAAAGCGACUGCGUUUUCUAUACAUAUAUACGCGAGGAAAACGUCACUCGUCCUCGAGGGGUGCGAAUAAUGGCGCUGAUGUUUGCAGGAUCAACUAGGUCGCGGCCCUUGGAGCGUGCUGUGGAUCGCGAUUUCUUUCCGUGGCUUGCGAGGCGCGAUUCGUGUGUUCCAAGGGAUGAAGAAAGAUGUGGUGGCCUGGACAGCAAGAGUAGCAGGAUUUGCCCACUAUGGGCAUUUGGAGAGGGCCUUUCUUACGUACAGGGGGAUGCUCCUGGAAGAAUUCUUUGUGGCCUGUGACAGGCAUUACGAAUGACAGCAGGGAUCCCUGCGUCGACACCUUUGGCACAGCAACAUUGCCAAUGCUUAAGCACUUUGGUGUUCCAAUCGAAGGCCUAGAACCCAAGGUUGUUGCCCGCGGAGCUCCUCCCUUGGGUGGCGGUGAGGCCGUCCUCAAAGUUUUCAAUGCCUGUCGCCAGCGGCGAUUCGGGAGCUCCCCAUUGCGUGACGGACAAUGCCGCAAUCUGGUGCUUCUUCCUCCUCCUGCGGCUGUAAGUAGCGACUCAGGAGCUCCGGCAGCAAGAAAUUCGUCGAAAUUCCCGCCGUCGCGCGUCGCGGCAUUCGCAUCGCUCCUCCAGCAAUGCAGCCGCUCCAGAUCACUGCCCGAGGGCCGGAGAAUCCACGCCGAGAUCGUCGACACCGGCCUGGGCAAGGAUCUCUUCCUGGGCAACCAUCUCAUCCAAAUGUAUGGCAAAUGCGGCGCCAUGGAAGAGGCCAGGGCCGUCUUCGAGAAGAUAGAGUUUCCAAACAUUUUCUCCUGGAGCAUCAUCAUCGGUGCCUGCGUCGACAACGGCCUCGCCAGGAGAGCUCUCGAGCUCUACCACUGGAUGGAUCAUCAAGGCGUCAGGCUCGACAUGGUGGUGCUCAUCAAUCUUGUCAGCGCUUGCUCGAGCCUGGGCUCCCUGGAUCAUGGAAGAGCUCUCGAAGCUCGAAUCACUUCCAUGGGAUUCCACCUCCAUCCCGUGGUCCGGAACUCGCUGCUCAACAUGUACUGCAAGGCUGGGAGCGUCGGCGACGCGAGGAAGUUCUUCCAGGACAUGGCUGGCGACCAAAGUGUUGUCUCGUGGACGGCAAUGAUCUCCGGCUUUGCUCUCCACGGCCGUGAGGACCUCGCACUGGAUUUCUUCCGGAAGAUGGUGGCAGAGGGGGUGAGGCCGAACGAAGUGACUUUCGUGAGUAUACUCGGUGCCUGUGCCGCCGCCCGAGAUGUCAAGCAUGGCACGGCCAUCCACGAGCUCGUGGAGAGCUCCGAGUUUGGCAGGAGCUACUUGAGCGUCGGGACCGCGCUGAUCGACAUGUAUGGGAAGUGCGGGAGGCCGGAGCUGGCGUCAAGAGUUUUUGAGAAGAUGGAGCGCAGAGAUCUGGUGGUCUGGAACGCAAUGAUCACGGUGUGCUCGCAGCAAGGACUGGACGAACAGGCUCUGAGACUGUUCCGGGUGAUGGACUUGGAGGGGCAUACUCCCGACGAGGUCACUCUCGUCGCAGCCCUCGAGGCCUGCUCCAACUUAAACUUGCUCGCUGCCGGGAAGAAACUCCAUGAGCUCAUUCUUGACGCCGGUCUCGACUCCUCGAUCGUGAGGAACUCGCUGCUCAACAUGUAUGGGAAGUGCGGUGGCCUGGACGAAGCGAGGAGAGUGUUUGAGCGCUGCAGUGACUGCCGGAACUUGAUCACCUGGAGCACGAUGAUCGCGGCUUACAGCUUGAAUGGAGACGGCAGGCAGGCACUCUCGCUGUACAAGAAGAUGGAUCUCGAGGGACUGAAGCCGGACGAGUACACUUUCACGAGCCUCCUGGACGUGUGCUCCAUAGCCGGCGACGCUCUUGCCGAGGGACGAGCUCUCCACAGGCGCCUCGAGGCCAAGGGACUGGAGAAGAAGAUGGUGCUCGCGACUGCUCUCGUCAACAUGUAUGGACGAUACGGCCAGCUCGAGGACGCGCUGAGAGUCUUUGAGAAGAUGAACCACUGGAACUUGGUGGCCUGGACGGCUCUCAUAGCGGCCUUUGCUCAGCACGGCGACGUCCACGCGAUUGAUCUCUCGUGGAGAAUGCAUCUCGAGGGCGUCCAGGCCGACGACAUCGUCUUCCUCAGCGUGCUCCACGCUUGCAGCCACGCCGGGGUCCUCGAGGCCGGACUGAGCUGCUUCCAGGAAAUGGUGGCUGACUUUGGAGUGAGAGGUGGCGCUGCUCACUACAGCUGCAUGGUGGAUCUCCUGGCCCGCUGUGGACGAGUUGCCGAGGCCGAGGAGUUGCUCCACAGCAUGCCUUUCGAGCCGGCUCACAUGGAGAUGAAGACGCUGCUAGCUGCGUGCCGGGUGAGCGGAGAUACUCCCCGGGGAGCUCGGGUGGCGCGUCUCGCGUCGGGUCUGAUACCGCAUGACGCCGCUCCCUACGUGCUCAUGUCUCACGCUUACGCCGCCGUGGAGAAGUGGGACGAGGUGGCGGAAGUCCGAGAGAGAAUGGCGAAGCUUGGCGUGAAGAAGCCGAGGGGCUGGAGCUGCGUGGAGGUGAAGAACAGGGUCCAUCAGUUCUUUGCUGGGAACUUCUCGUGGCAUUCGGAGGCUGCCGAGAUCGAGGUGGAGCUGCGGCGGUUGCAAGCGGUCGUGAAGGAGGGCGGCUACGUUCCAGAUACUGGACAGAUCGGGCACCGUCUUGAGGAGGAUGACAAGGAGGAUCUGCUGGCUCUCCACAGCGAACGUGUGGCUAUCGCGUUUGGACUGCUGCGAGUUCCGGCGGGGCUUCCCAUUCACGUCGUGAAGAACCUCCGGGUGUGCUCCGACUGCCAUGCAGUGGCCAAGAUCAUUUCCAGGAGUGUGGGAAGGAGGAUCGUGGUGAGAGAUGCGUACCGGUUCCACCGCUUUGAGAAUGGCACUUGCUCCUGUGGAGACUACUGGUGAUCAGCUUGUGGAAGACCUGGAGCUUGUGAUGUAGAGCAAGCCCAGCCGCCAUCGAUCUCGUGCAGCUCUUCACGUCCAACAUGAAACUCGACGAUCACCAAGGCCAAGUUAUGGAACUGCGUCGGCUCCUGCGAAUAUAUUGGAAAGCGCCACCCCCGCUGCCGAAUCACCCGGAUUCCACCGCAAGACUUGGCCCGCCACCUUUCUCCCACGCUCCACAUCGCUGUGGACUUUACACGCGGAGAGCAGCGUCAUCCAGGGGAGCUCGUCCUGGCUGAACGGGAUCCUCUUGAUCACCUCCUCCGCCUCGUCCGGGAAGCCAGCGCGUCCCAGGAGAUCCCUCAGUGGCUGGGCAGCGGAGCUAUGCCGUAGUCGUGCCGCAGUGACGAGAUGGUCUUGGCCUGCUCCAGCCUGCCCGCGUGGCUGCAAGCCCAGAAGACGACGGUGAAAGUCACGUCGGUUGGCUUGAUCCCUUCUUGCUGCAUCCGCAAGAACUGCUUGAGAGCCUCCUCGGCGUCGCCGUUUUGCGCCAGUGCCGCCACCAGGACGUUCCAGCUGCUGGCGUCCUUGCCACGGAUCCUCUCGAAUGCCUGCCGAGCUCCGCCCAAGCUCGCGCACUUCCCAAACAUGUCCACCAGCGCGUUCCCGACGAAGAGCUCCGAGUCGGCCCCUCUCUCCGCUAUGAGCUCGUGGACCCUUCGUCCCUCGGCGAGCGAGGCCUCGCCAGCGCAAGCUCCCAGCAUCGUCGUCCAGGUGAUGCUGUUUGGUUCCGUCCCCUCGGCUAUCAUCCGGCGGAAGAGCCUCACUGCUUCCUUGGCCAUGUCUCGCUCGACGUAGGCUCCAAGUAUCAUGUUCCAGGUGAUCACGUCCCGCUCCUCCAUCUCCUCGAACAGCUUGCAAGUAUCUGCGAGGCGCCCGACGUGAAUGUAGGCUCCCAAGAGUCCGUUCCAGCUUCCCAAGUUCUUCUGAGGCAUCCUCUGGAAGGCCGCGAGCGCGUCGUCGAGGCUUCAGCACUUGGCGAACAUGUGAACGGCGGCGUUUCCGACUGACGCGUCUGCUUCCAGGCCGGACUCUCGAAUGAUGCUGUGAAGCUGCUCAAUUGAAGAAGCAUUUUAAAAAAGGUAUAAUUUCCUAAUGAGAGAGAGAGAAACAAUAGUACUUGUAACAAAGGCCAUCCUGGUUGUCCCAACCAUAUCCCCAAUCAUUACAAUAUCUUGGUACCUUUGUGGAUGGUAAUAACUUGCAAUUAAUAAAUUGGCAGUCCAUGAUAUUGAUGAAA